UUGUAAAACGUAAACACACAACACUGCCUUUGAUAAUAAUAUAGUCAUUGUUUUUUUUUUUUUAAAAAUCAUUAUUUUCUGUUUAUUACCGUAGUUUUCAUUAUUAUUGCCAAAUGGCAAGGCCUAGGGCUAUGAUAACAUUAUUAUUUUUUGGGUAAUAGAUACGGUGGAAUACACAAAUUACCCGUCUCCAUGUUAGAUCAAUGUGAUGGUGACAUGGUGUUCACCAUAUAUCAUGGUUACCCACAAUAAAAUUAUUAUUUCAUAACUGUUAAUACCUAAAUCAUCAACUAUGAGCUUUUAGAUUAUAGCUUAGAUUUGUAUAAUUGUCGUACGUAAUUUAUUUUGUGAUUUAGUAAUUUUACUCGAUGCAAAAUGAACCACACUACAAAGGGUGGGAAAAAUAACAACAACGAUUACACAAAGUAUGUUUGCAAUAAUUCUUCAAAUGGUAACAGAACGUGUGUUUUUUAUCCGUCAGCGUUGGAUCGACCGAUGGAUGACGUCCCAUGGAAAUUGGUCAACAUGUCGUUUAAAUUAUUAAAUGUUGACUCAAAAUUGGUGUUAACUUUACUCGCAAACCAUGGAUUUCGUGAGGUCAAUUCUGAUUCAAACGAUUUUAAUCUAUUAUGGUCAAAUAACCAUGUUAAUACAAACAUCAUCAGUUCAUUGAGGUCUUACCAACGCAUCAAUCACUUCCCUAGAUCGUGUGAAUUGACUCGUAAAGAUAAAUUAUACAAAAAUAUUGAAACCAUGAGCCAUCGCAAUGGAAUUAAAAAGUUCUCUUUUGUUCCUGAAACAUACAUUAUGCCUAAAGACUACAAUAGAUUUAUUUCGAACCAGUAUCGUCAUCGAGGUUUAUGGAUAGUAAAGCCUUUCGAUUUAUCUCGCGGAAGAGGAAUAACGAUUAUUGAUUAUUCAUUUAAGGACACACAAUCGGCGUUGAAGGAGAAUGUCGUUGUUGCCAAGUAUAUUGACAAUCCAUUGUUGGUGAAUGGAUAUAAGUGGGAUUUACGUUUGUACGUAUUAGUUACAUCAUUCAAUCCACUUGUUGUAUAUUUGUAUGAAGAAGGGUUAGUUAGAUUUGCAACUGUUAAAUAUGUAUGUGAUAGAAGUCGAAUCAAUAAUCGACGAAUGCAUCUCUGCAACUAUAGUGUCAACAAAAGCAGCCCAAGCUAUAUUAGGAAUUCGGAUCCUGAACGAGAAAAUGUAGGCCAUAAGUGGUCGAUGAGUGCUCUUUUGAAUCAUCUUAGAGAAGAAUAUCUUAUUAAUACUGAAACUUUGAUGGCUGAAAUCGAGGACAUUGUAAUUAAAACAAUAAUGAGUGCUACUGCACAAAUGUUACCAGCAAUCAAUUGCUUUGUACCUCACAGUCAAAAUUGUUUUGAACUAUACGGGUUCGAUAUUUUGGUGGACGACAAGUUAAAACCAUGGUUGCUUGAAGUUAACCUAUCUCCAUCAUUAGGGAUAGAUUCGGCACUUGAUUCUCGUAUUAAGAGUUCAAUGCUAUGUGAUUUAUUUACUUUAAUUGGUAUCCCAAUCGUUGAUCCUACUGUCUUCAACUUUAACAGAAAUGUUCGAAGACCAAAAUCUGAUAUUCCAAGAAAAACAAAUUCAAAUAUAAAUAUCAAUAAGCUCAGUAGUGAUGAAAAACGGUUGUUAAAAAACACAAUGGAUCAAAAUCAAAGGAGUAGAGGGUUCAUACGGAUUUUCCCUACAAAUCUGUCAUGGAAAAAAUAUUCCUCUUACUUAGAUAAUAUCAAUGGCAUUCCUAGGGGAUCCACUAUACCACCAUUUUAUAUAAAAUUAAUAAGGAAUUAUAAUUAUUUUCUAAACGAUCAUUUAUUCAACGAAAACUCCUCGUUUUAUAUGGAUAUUAAUAGACAAGAUCGCUAUGAAAGGUCUUUAAAAGAUUUUAAGCAAGACUUAAAUGACAAUAAAGAUGAGGACCAAACAACUGAUAUGUUAAAGUUAAAAAAAGCAAUUUUAAAAUAUUUAAACGAUGGAUAUGUAUUCAGUAAUCUACAAGCUCGGCAAACCUUUGCUCUUUACUUGACUUACAUUUCCGCUUUAUUAAAAAAAUGUGCUUUGGAGAAAAAUUAUGACAAUCCAUCAAGUAAUCUUGUUUUGAUGUUUUUAAUGAAAGCUUCAAAAAAUCUCAGUGUUCCUUUAAAAAUUGAGGUUUCUAAAUCUUCAUUGUCAAAUAAAAAAGUAAUGGAAAUACUUCAACUAUUGGAAAGCUUUUUAUUGAAAUACAACUACGAUACUGUAAUGUAUGCAACUCCCGAAAGUACAAAAAAUUGCCUGCCACAUAAAUUAUUUAAUUUAUUUCUCAUGCAUGCCAGAAAAGAAGAUAUCGAAGAAAUUAUCAAUGAUUCGAAACAUAAUUGUUUGUCGUCUGCAAUACACCCGGUGAAUGAUAUUAAAAAUUCUAAACCAUUAGAAUCGAAAGUUUGGAAAUAAUAAGUAUAAUGCUUAUUUUCUCCUUAAAUUUGCUUUUAAUAAUAAGUAAUAAUUUAUCUUAGAUAUAGUAAUUUUAAUAUAUUUUUAUAAACUUGGAAUUAUAAUAAUUUAACUAUGUUUUUAUUGUUAGCAUAGAAAAUUAAACAUAAAUAGUGAAUUAGAGCCAUACCACAUUAGAUAGGCGUUAAAGGAAAGGGUUACGCAUUAAAAGGACCCUACGCUUAUUAUUUGUUGUCUUUGUUGAACAAGUGCCUAACAUGAUAAAUCUAUAUACUUUUAACAGUUAACUUUAGUUUGGUUAACCAAAAAUAAUACAAUAAAUCAACCUAUUAUAACACUAAAUGUUGAGAACAUUAUCUGUGUAGUAUGUACUAUGUAGCCAUGUAGGUUUUGUACUAUAAUUUGAUUUUUUAUUGAGUUUUGCGUAUUUCAAAUAGUUGAAUUUAAAAAUGGUAUAACUCACCAUGAAAUGUCGUAAAAGAUCUAUGAACUAUAAUACAUAUUAAGUUCUUACCAAUAAGUCUUAUAAUAGUUCGAUUCACUCUAAUAUUAUUAAAGUUAACAAAACUAAACAUGAAUACUGUCAUGUUAGUACUUGUAAGACGGAGAAAACAAAUAUGGAUGUAGUAGUGUCUUUAAAAGCAAAAUAGAUUUAAUCGUUUGUUCCACAAGUGGUUACACGUAGCCACGUAGGGCGUAUGCUCACGUGGGCAUUUUAAUAACACGAAUGCUUGUACUUGUACUAAGCGUUAAUAUCAUGCUUCACCGUUUUCUUAAAUGAAAUAAUAAAUAAAUGUGCCUACGAGAGCAUUGGAAAUAUUUCGUGUGAAAAUGUUCGAUAUUAUGUACAUUGGAAAUAUUUGUUUAAUUUUAGCGUUCGAUCAUGACUAAACACGUCACAUGGACGCGUAUCGUACUCGCGCGUUUUUAGUUUACAUUGUUCAUACGCGCCAUAUCGGCGAGCAAAACGUGCGCGUACGAUACGUCGCGUAUGAUACGCGUCCAUGUGAAACGGGUCUUAUAUUCCCCGUUCGAAUAUCGACAUAAUAUAAAUAUUCUAAAUACACGUGUACUAUUUUGAGCGAUUAUUGUUGGUGAUUUAAGAACGUGUGUAGCUUAACCGAUUCCUGGCUAUUCCUGUCGUUGAUCAACAUAAUAAUAUGGUCGGGUUCGAAAUCAAUUUAACGCACUAAUCUAAAAAUAAUUUUAAUAAUUUUAUUCGAUGCUAUUAAAUAUUAGCUAUUUUCGUAUUUUAUUAAAAGACUGGAGAAAUUAAAAUGCGCCAAUUUCAAAAUAAUAUUGUGAUGUAAAUAGUAACUGCUCGAGAGCAAUCUGAGCUGUUGACUGUUGCAAACCAAAAGAAAAAUCAAACAAUUAAUUGUACACGUUUUCUUCCAUUCAAUUUAGGUACUAAGUUAAUGGUAACCAGAUAUGCAUGUUUAUUACAUUGUUCUAGACAGUGCCUUUAACAACAAUAAUAUGAAGUUUUUUUUCUAAAAAUAUCAGCUCGUGAUAUUUUUAUUUUUCAUUAAUAUUAUGUAUCUUAUGGUUUGACCUUAUAUAAAUGAAACAAUACUGUCUACUACAAUUGUAUAUAAUAUACCUACAUAAUAUAAUAUAAUAUUUCUAUAAUGAAAGAACUAAAAUUUAAAAUUUUCUUUUUGAGAUUUACAUAUCUGGUUACCUUAACUAUUACUAUACUUAAAGUUUAAACAAAUUUUUUUUAUAAUUAAUUUAAGACAAUAUACAGUAUAGUAUAUACCAGAGUCGCCAACCAGUCGAUCGCUAGUCGAUUUUUUUAGAAAUGCAGUUCGAUUUUAAAAAUAAAAAUUAAUUUCACCGUUAUCGGUCGACCGCGUAAUGAAUAAUCGGAUAAUACGAAUUGCCCUUACAUACUAGGUGAAUAGUUAAGUGGAAGCGAUUAUAAUUCGCCGCGAUGGCGAGAACGUUCGCUUAUUAACAGCUUUUAUUAGAUUAGACCAUUCACACUAUGUAAAGCGGUCUAAUUAAAUUUGUCAUCGUCCGCGACUGAUCGCACAUGCUUAAUAAUAUUUUAGAUGAACAUUUGCCCAUGACGGAUAAAAUUAAACACGCUGUUUUUGACUCGGUCUAUUCACUUUGGGCGAAUGUACGCGUGUGUUUCGCACAAGGUAAUGAUGGUUUGGCGCAAAUUUUAAUCGCAUAAAUCGUCAUAAUAAAAUUUUUGGUGAUUUGAAAUUGCGUCCUAGCGCGAACUAAUCGCUUAGCGUGGAAGAGCUUAUUGUCAGUUAAAAAUUCGACCGUAAAUCACGUGUAACGCGUGUUCAGUAUAAUUGUAUGUUCCGUAUAUUUUCGAUUUUACGUUCCGAAUUUAUUUAGAAUUUUAAAUUUCUACAAAAAUAAAAUUAAUAGAAAUAAAAAAUGCAAAACUUACCGUUUUAAUUAGGAAUGGGAGUUAGAGUUUUUUUUGACAUUAAAUACAUUUGCGUUGGUAUGUUUAUUAUGGCGAGAUACUUUUUCAAUUUUCAAACGUGGAAACUUGGAAAGGCAUUACCGAACUAAAUACAGAUUUCGAUUAUAAGUUCCCAACGAAUUCUUGUUGACGACAAGAUAAGCUAAAAACAAUGAAAUUAAAACUGAACAAAGAGGAAUCUUUUUUAAAAAUCAAAAUAUAUCUAUUACUUCUUUCAAAAUAGCAUGCUUAUUAACCAAAAAUAAAAAACCGUUUUCCGAUGGUGAAUUAUAAAAU